GUAGAUGGUGGUGGUCGAUAUUCUUACUGUGAGUCGACGAAGACAGCAGCUGCUGGCGCGCAUUAUACCGGUGUCGGCGGAACAACGAGUAGCCUAGAGUCCUUCGACGACUUGCUGCGCCUACUGGUUCCACCAGAAGAAUUAGUCUGCCUGUGCCUCCAUUCGGAUGCUGCACGUGAGGACCCUGCUUUUCGUUUGCGGUUGGCCAAAGAAUUCUUCCCUAUCUUU